UUGAUCGUUCUGGCUCGCAUAGACUUUCGGGUAGGUGUCUUUCCAAGAUGGCGUUUCGCGUGGCACUUCGUCGAUUUGGUGUCAGCCUAGAACAAAUAGGAAUUCGCCACAACUAUGACAGUACCAGGAAUAAUCUUUUGAUUGGUAAACACACCAAAGUUAUUUGUCAAGGCUUUACUGGAAAACAGGGAACUUUCCACAGUGAACAGUCAAUUGCUUAUGGAACACAGAUGGUUGGAGGUGUUUCUCCAGGGAAAGGUGGUCAGUCUCACUUAGGGCUUUCUGUAUUUGAUAGUGUGAAAGAGGCCAAGGAUGCAACUGGUGCAAAUGCCACUGUAGUGUAUGUACCACCACCAUUUGCUGCAGCUGCUGUUUUAGAAGCAAUUGAAGCUGAAAUUGGUUUAAUUGUGUGCAUAACAGAGGGAAUACCUCAAAAAGAUAUGGUGAAAAUCAAACACACACUAGAACGGCAAGAUAGAUGUAGAAUGGUUGGUCCUAAUUGCCCUGGAAUAAUCAAGCCAGGAGAGUGUAAAAUUGGUAUUAUGCCGGGUCACAUACACAAACCUGGAAAAAUAGGUAUUGUCUCAAGAUCAGGAACUCUAACAUACGAAGCUGUCCAUCAGACUACAGAGGUUGGCCUUGGACAGUCUCUGUGUGUAGGUAUUGGUGGAGAUCCUUUUAAUGGAACAAACUUUAUGGACUGCCUAGAUGUGUUUUUAAAAGACCCAGAGACAGAAGGUAUUAUCCUAAUCGGUGAGAUUGGAGGAGGUGCUGAGGAAAAAGCAGCCGAGUUUCUUCUACAGCAUAAUCAAGGGGAGAAUGCCAAGCCUGUAGUGUCAUUUAUUGCUGGAGUAACAGCACCUCCUGGAAGGAGAAUGGGUCAUGCUGGUGCAAUUAUUGCAGGGGGUAAAGGAACUGCUGAACUUAAGAUAAAAGCUCUUAAAAAUGCAGGUGUUACUGUGACUUUAUCACCAGCUCAAAUGGGCAGCACCCUGAAAAAGGUUUUGGAUGAACGAGCCCUGGCUGACAAGAUGUAAUUAAUACUUUGACAAUCAUUUUGAUAGUGUCCGCCUGUUGUUUAUUCCCUGUGCAAGUAAAACUGAUUUCAUUGUGUGAAAAUGAGCAAAUUUUUUUUCAGCUUUCACACUUUGUAAAUCAUUGUUCUGCGAAUGCUGGAGGGUAUUUGUUUUACUACGAUGAAAGACCUUUACUGAAAGCUAGUUUUCUUUCUGAUAUUCUUUGCAAGAAAUUGAAAGUGAGAUUGAAAAAUAAUAUAGUUCAAGAUGAUUGUUUUUAAUAUUUAGUGAAUACCUUAAUUGUAUUACUUCAGACUGCCUCAUUAGUUGGAUGCUGUAUUUUGUCACUCAUAAAUUAUUCAAAGCAGUGACUGUUUUAUUUGUAAGAGAUGUGAAGCUAUAUCUCAUUUAUUACAAUUACCAAGUGUAAGUCCUCUGAAGCACAAAUUCACAUCAUUUGCUGUCAGAGCAGUUGAUCAGUAACCUUCAGUGUUGUAUUUCUCCACUGGUAUUUCAACUGUUUUAAAUAAAAUCCCUAAAAUGUCCCUUCUUUAC